CGCAGUAUUCUGUCGUGUCGUGUCAUGAUAGAAUGUAUAUUGUACAAAUUUACCAAUUUACCAUGAUAAAAUAGUUCGUGAUAAAUGAUAAAUCAGAAAAUUUUAUUUAAGGUUAAAGGGGGAAAAAAAAAAGAAAAACUAUGUAAAUUUUUUCAUUACCCAUCUCCAUUAGGAAAAAUGUAUUAUCGUUGAAAAUAAAAACGCGAUUGUAAAUAAUUUGACAUUUUCAAUCUUUAGUGGAAAUUUAUUUAUUUAUUUUUAUUUUUUUUUUUUAAGAGAGAAAAAAAAAAAAAAAAAAAAAAAUGCCCCACGUUGCAAGAAAUUGUCCACACAUUGCAAGUCAAUGUGAUUCGGGAAUUAUUGAAUUAGCAAUUUCUUAUAAGGAUCGUUUUAAUAAAUGUAGUGAUUGUGAAAGUGAUGGUCCUAAUUUAUGGUUAUGUCUUUAUCAUGAUUGUCAUUGGAUUGGUUGCGCUGAGACAAAUCCCGAUCAUAGUUCAAUUCAUAAUCAAAAAUUUCCAAAUCAUUCAAUUCAUAUGAAUUUAUGUACAAAUAGAUUUUGGUGUUAUUCAUGUGGUAAUGAAGUAUUUGCAUGGCAAAAUUCAAUGUCAAUAAAAUCGGAAUUUAAAAAAUUUGCUGGCGAUGCAUCGUGUAUUGAAACAAAAUCAUCGGAUUUACAACGUUUACUUGUUGAAACAUUUUUGGAGAGUAGACGAGAUCAGGAAUUAAGGGAAAGUCGAAUAAAUUCUGAGAAAGGUGAUGCAAAUGAUAAAUUUUCGCCAUCUGAUUCACCUGAUAGUACUGAUUCAGAUGAUGGUAAAGAUUUUUCUGGUAAACCACGUGGAUUAGUUGGUUUACAAAAUAUUGGCAACACUUGUUAUAUGAAUGCGGCAUUACAAGCAUUGUCAAAUGUUCCACCAUUGACACAAUUUUUUUUGGAUUGCACACACAUGGCAACUUAUAUUUCAAAAGAUAGAAAACAUGGCCUCAGUCUCAGUUAUUUGAAUCUCGUCAGGGAUAUGUGGAAUCGUAAAAAUAGAGGAUAUGUUGUACCUCAUGGGAUACUUUCUGGAAUUAGAACGGUUCAUCCAAUGUUUCGCGGUUAUCAUCAGCACGAUACACAGGAAUUUUUACGUUGCUUUAUGGAUCAAUUGCAUGAGGAAUUAAAGGAACAUGUUGAAGAGGAUAAAGAAUUGAUAUUGCGUUUAAAAAAUUUUGGUGAACAUUCAUCGGACGAUGAUGAAACAGAAAUUGAUGGUGGCACUGGUUCAAGUCAAUCGGACGCUGAAUAUGAGACAUGUGAUUCAGGUGUUAGUGAACAAAGUUCAUUGAGCGAUGAAUGUGAACGUGGUAUUAAACGACGUUAUUCACGUGUAUCGCAAACAGAUAAAUUGAGAAUAAAAUUUAAUAACAAUAAUAAUAAUAAUAAUAAUAGUCGUCUUAAUAAAAAAACAAAUACAAUUGACGAUUCAUUUUCUCAACAAUCAUCGCAAAAUUCACCAAUAAAACAUUCAAUGAAAAAACAAAUUAAAACCAAAAGUAUAAUAAGCGAUACAUUUGAUGGUAAAUUAUUAAGUAGCGUUGAAUGUUUAACUUGUAAUCGUAUUUCAACGAGAGUUGAAACAUUUCAGGAUCUCUCGCUACCAAUACCAAGUAGAGAUCAUAUUGAUAUGCUUCAUCAAGGCUCAUUAACACCACAAAAAGCUGGACCAUGCUCUGAUGUUGUUUAUGUGACAAAUCAAUCGGGUUGGUUCUCAUGGUUUUUUCAAUGGAUGAGAUCAUGGUUUUGGGGACCAGUUGUAAGUCUUCAUGAUUGUUUAUCAGCAUUUUUUAGCGCUGAUGAAUUAAAAGGUGACAAUAUGUAUAGUUGUGAGAAAUGCAAUAAACUUCGUAAUGGCAUUAAAUUUUCCAAAGUUCUUGAAUUGCCUGAAGUAUUGUGCGUUCAUUUAAAACGUUUUCGUCAUGAAUUAAUGUUUAGUUCAAAAAUAGCAAAUUUUGUAUCAUUUCCACUUGAGGGACUUGAUAUGAGGCCAUAUUUACACAAAGAAUGUAUAUCAAAUGUUGCAAUUUAUGAUUUAAUAUCAGUUAUUUGUCAUCAUGGAACAGCUGGCGGUGGUCAUUAUACAUGUUAUGCAUUAAAUCCAAUUGUCAGUCAAUGGUUUGAAUUUGAUGAUCAAUGUGUAACGCAAGUAUCACCAGAGACUGUUAGUAAUUGUGAGGCGUAUGUGUUAUUUUAUAAAAAAUCAUCAGCCGAAAUGAUGCGCUUAAGAGAUAAAACAAUGGAAUUAAUGGAAAUAUCAGCGCGUGAACCAUCGGAUUUAAAUUUUUUUGUCUCACGACAAUGGAUUAAUAGAUUUAAUACAUUCUCAGAGCCUGGAUCAAUUGAUAAUUCAGAUUUUUUAUGUCCACAUGGAGGUGUUAAUCCAGUUAGAGCGCAAUUUGUUGAUAAAAUUAGUAUGCCAAUACCGCAAGCUGUUUGGGAAUUUCUUUACAGCAAAUUUGGUGGUGGACCAGCGUGUACACAUCUUUAUGAAUGUCCAAUUUGUGAAGAAAAACACGAGUCUUUAGAAAAACGUCGACUCUAUGAAAUGGAUAUGUUUCAUAGAUUAAAUCAUAAUUCAGAUAAUCCAACUGCUGUUUAUGCAUUGGCAAUGGCAUGGUUGAGACAAUGGCAGAGUUUUGUUAAAAGAAAGGAAAUUCAACCGCCAGGACAAAUUGAUAAUAGUUCAAUAGUUGUCAAUAAAAAUGGACAAAUUGUCUUAAAAGCAGGAUCCGACUAUGGACAAAUUCCCGAGGAAUUAUGGCAAUUUUUAUUAAACAUUUAUGGCGGUGGUCCUGAAUUAAUGUUACAUUGUCAACGUCCAAUUCCACAAACAACAUCGGUCCAUGAAUUUCCCGAUUUGUCAAAUUUAAAGCGCUCUGAGGCUAAAUCAAAUAAAAUAAGCGCGACAAAAAGUGCUGAAACUAUUUUACAACAAGACAAUGCAAUUGAAAAUUUAACAUCGGAAAAUGAUUUUCAUCAAUGGUUACGUGAAGCCGCACUUAAACCACUAUAAAGAAAAUAAUUAAUUCCCAAAAGAAAAUAAAAAAAAAAAAAAAAAUUGAAAGUUGAUCUUUCAAAUUACAAAAUUAAUUCAGAAAAAAAAGAAGUAUUUUAUUGAAAAUAUAGAAUCUAAGUAGGUCCAUUGUGUACAAAGUUUUUUUUUUUUUGGGGGGGGGAAAGAAUAUUCUAUUUUACAGUUAUUUGAGGAUCCUUUUCUUUCUUUUUCUUUUUCUAAUAUCAUUCAAAAAAAAAAAAUUUUCUGAGUUAUCUGUGAUGGAAAAAGAAAAAUUUUCUUUCUCAGAAUAAUUUCUCUAUUUUUUUUUUUAUUUAUGAAUGAUUGGCAUUUAUUAUUAUAAUUAUUAUUAUUAUUAUUAUUAUUAUUAUUUGUGCGAAGAAAAGAGGGAACUCAAGACUGACGAUUCGCAGUUAAAUCACAUUUAAUUAGCAUUUCGGUGAAAGCACCAAAAAAAAUAUAUAUAUAUAUAUUUUAUCUUAAUACUAAAAUACAACGAAUCUGCCAAAAAAAAAAAAAAAAAAUUCAUUUUUUUUUUUUUUUUUUGACAAAUU